AUGGUCUCUGUGUUUGCGAAACGCGAAAGAAACCGAGGACCAUAUCAUUUCGAUACAGAAGAAGAAGAACGGGAUUUUGAUCUGAUGGUUGAUUACAUGUGUCAGAAUUCAAGUAACAUCAUUUGCCAUGACCCUGUAUUGGACAAAAAAUUUAGAUUUACACCAUGGGGCGAAAAAGGUGACACGUAUGCUAUUGCUAUUGAAUUUUUGGAGUCUGGUGGAUAUUCUCAAGAACAGAUUGAUGAGGCGGUGAAGAGGGCAAAAGCUAAACGAAGAAAGCCAAUUUGA